AUGGUGAACUUUCAUUCCAUGCUGUCGAUUUUUGCUUUUGCAAAUGCCGCAGCUGUUCAUUCUGCAGCUACCUCAACAUACCUGAACUGGAAGACGUUCAAUGCCAGUGGUGUCAACCUUGGCGGCUGGCUCGUACAGGAGUCUACCAUUGAUACUAAAUGGUGGACACAGAACUCCGGCGGAGCCCCCGAUGAAUGGGGUCUCUGUGCGAAUCUAGGUUCUCAGUGCGGACCAGUUCUAGAGCGACGGUAUGCAACAUGGAUUACCCCUGCCGAUAUCGAUACAUUUGCUGCAGCAGGAAUCAACGUUUUGCGCAUCCCGACCAGCUAUGCUGCUUGGAUCAAAGUGCCUGGCUCCCAGCUUUACACUGGAGGUCAAGUGUCGUUCCUCAAGACUAUUGCGACUUAUGCCAUUCAACGACACGGCAUGCACAUCAUCAUCGAUAUCCACUCUCUUCCUGGAGGUGUUAAUGGAAUGGCUUUUGGGGAAGCCGAGGGACACUACGGCUGGUUCAACAAUGCGACGGCACUUAGCUACUCCCUCCAGACUGUUGAUGCUGUUAUCAAAUUUGUCAUGGACUCUAAGUUUCCACAAUCAUUCACGAUCGCACCAAUAAACGAACCUGUCGACGUCCCCGAUAUCUCGCUCUUCGGAACUCCCUACUGUCUCACUGAAGGUGGUGCUCAAUGGGUGCAAAAUUACAUUGAUCAAGUCAUCACAAAGAUUAGAGCUGUCAAUGCGCAGAUUCCUGUGAUGUUCCAGGGAAGCUUCAAAGGCGAGGAGUAUUGGUCUUCCAACUUUGCCGCCGGAACCAACUUGGUUUUUGAUGUGCACAACUACUAUUUCGCUGGCCGUGGAGCUAGCUCGGCAAAUCUCACUCACUAUAUUUGUGAAGAUGCUGUAAACGCUGCCGGUGACGGCAAAUUCCCUGUUUUUAUUGGAGAGUGGUCUAUCCAGGCGGAGAUUCUCAACACCCUGGCGAGUCGGGAACAGAAUCUGCAAACCGGGAUUGCAGCAUGGAAAACUUACACUCGAGGCCAUUCUUACUGGACUGCAAAGUUUUUUGGCACUGCCAAAGUUAAUGGCGAGGGCACGCAAGCAGACUACUGGAAUUAUGAGACCUUCAUCAAUUUGGGAUUUACUGGCUCCUCUACUAAGGCAAUAACAUGCUGA